AUGUCUGGUUAUUAUAAUCAUUUAAAUUACCAAGGUAAUUCGAGGUAUGGUCUGAAUUCGCUUAUACGGAACGGUAAGUACGAAAACGGCAACAAUAAAUACCGGUAUUCCAAUACGUCAAUAAGUAUUGAUGGAGACAGAGAUACAAACCAGCCUUCAAGAUAUCAAAAUUCAAGUACUUUCCCAGUUAAGCAGAGUGUGACAGUUCAUCUUAAGCGGCCGCAGCCUGUAGUGAAAUGGAAUUCGCAAAAAUUCACAGCUAAAUACCACUAUUUCGAUGUACACGAGCAAAAACUAAUACACCGAGAUAAGAUGACCAGCUGGCAUAGUGACAAGCUUCCGCCCAUGGGCUAUGUUAUUGUGCAGGAUACUAGUAGUGGGAAACCGCGUCCCAUUAUGAAGGCUCGUAAUCCUGAGGAAAAACCUUUGGAUCCCCGUCUCACCCCUCAUGCAGAGACUGCACGGAAGGCAAGAUCCUCAUUAGCCAUCAUGCCACGAAUAGCUUACGAUUCGCAUUCGGUUGGACCAGAGCCACCUAAAGAGAUUAUCAUAUUCCCCGUUCAAAAGGUUAAUGCGGCAUCCAUUCAAGAUUCCAUAAUUAAAAACUUCUUUGGAACCUUUGGUGAGAUUGCUCACUUUGAAAGUUUCAAUGAUCCGAACAGUGCGCUGCCCUUAAACGUUUACCUCAUCAGAUACACAGACCUAGAGGGUAACAUAGAUGGACCGUACAGGCAUGCUUACAAAGCAGUGAAACAAUUUGCAAAACAAAACUAUCUUGUCUCGGGGAUAAGAUUUGCUGUGAAGCUGAAUAAGAAUGGUAUGUUAAAGAAGACCAUUGACAAAUUUGUGAAUGAAAACGUGCAGCGCGCUGCAAAAGUGCGCCAAGAGUUAUCAAAACAGCAAGUGCCAUCAACUACCGGUACAAUUGCUACUUUGUCCCCUAUAUCUCAGUCACAAGUUGCAAUACCAACCACGUCCCCUAUUUUAAGAAUCCCACCUGACUUGGAAAAAACAGUCAAUGCUAGGGCAGUACUUCGCGUAUCUGGUAAAUUUUGCGUAUUGCAUGGCAUCACAAGUGAAGACUUCAAGUUUGGGUUAAAAAACUAUAAUUGGGUGAAGAUCAUAAGCCAUUAUACCGGCAUUUACAUCAUAUUUAAUGAGAUAGCUGAAGCUCGAAGAUGUUAUCAAAUGGAGUCUUCACAUUUGACACUUUUGUCUAGACGAAGAAGAGUCCCGGUUAAAAUGAAGUUCAUAUUAAUUGAGCCAAACAUCAAAGCUCGUAGAUUAAAGAAACCAACAACUGAACAAGAUAUCCCAAAGACCUAUGCAACAGUUGAUGAACUUGUGGAAACUACUCUUAUGAAUAUCCUAAACGAAUUGAAGAUUGCAUUGCAUAAAGAUAUUAGGAGACGACUAAUUGGGCCAACUGUAUUCGACUCUUUGAAUCCGUCCAAUUAUCCAGAUAUAGUGUCAAAACGACAGAAGGAACAGGAAGAGAAAAAGAGAUUAGAGAAACUUAUGGCUGAAAAAGUCAAAAAGGAACAUUUAAUUACAGAAGAUUUUGGCAUAUUUAAUAUUUACGGAGGUUCUUACAAGAAGAAGGACCCUACAAGAGCAAUAAAGAGAGGCAUUACCGGUAAAUCAGAAAUCCUUUCUUCAAAGAAACGCAUAACAAAGAAAGUGGUAACACCAAUGGCACAUAUGCUUAAUUAUGAAUCUUUGUCGAAAGAAGCUUCAUCUUCGACUAAUAUGAAGGAACAAUAUUCAGACUCCUCAUCUUCUGAAGAUGAUUAUGAUGAGCAAUAUGAACUUGAUGACAUAAUGGGUCAGCCUGAGGCCAAGAAGCUAAAGCGUGAGUCAUCUGCCACUACACCUGAACCAGAUAGCAUCAAAUCUAAGACGGCUGGCUUAUCUGAAGAACGGAUAAAGGAAUUAAUGUCUUAUGAAGAAAAAUUCAGACCUAUUCCUGGGGAUAUACCGGAACCAGUUUAUCCAUUGGAAGAGUUUGAAAAAAUGGACCAAAAAAUUUCCAUUGUUAAUAUACAAAAAGCUGUUAAAGACUCGGAAGAUGUAGAUCUCUUGAAAAGGGUAUUAGGCUACAAAGAAGAAGCUGUCUCUAAUGUGAUUGAGCAUAUUGAAUACUAUGCAUGGAAACUCCAUAGAGAUUUUGAAGAAACCAUGAAAAACCAAGAGACUCAGGCGAAAUUGAACGAAGUAGCUUAUGACAAUUCAUUACAGUCUUCUUCAGGCUGUUUUAAAGCUGAAGGAUUUAGAAAGAUUCCCGAUAAAAUUAAAUCUUGUUACUUACCUCAUCGUCGUAGGCUUCAUCAGCCGUUAAACACAGUGUACCAUCAUACGUCAGAUGAUAUUUACAACAUAGACAGUACCAAAACGGACACAGACCACCAAGAGCAGGACAAUCACACCCCUGAACCAACUUCAUCUCGGGUGAAUAGAGCCUUACAGAGAAGAUUUCAACAAGAUAUAGAAGCACAAAAGGCAGCCAUCGGCACUGAGUCAGAACUGUUAUCAUUAAACCAAUUGACCAAGCGUAAGAAACAAGUCACAUUUGCACGUUCUCCUAUUCACAAUUGGGGAUUAUAUGCCUUGGAGCCUAUUGCAGCCAAGGAAAUGAUAAUAGAAUAUGUUGGUGAAAUGAUCAGACAGCCCGUAGCCGAAAUGAGGGAAAAUAGAUACUUGAAGAGUGGCAUAGGUUCAAGUUACUUAUUUCGUAUUGAUGAAUACACCGUUAUCGACGCAACCAAGAAGGGGGGUAUUGCCCGUUUUAUUAAUCAUUGCUGUGAUCCUAGUUGUACCGCUAAGAUUAUUAAAGUUGGUGGUAGAAAGAGAAUAGUUAUAUAUGCUUUGCGAGACAUUGCUGCUAAUGAAGAACUAACUUAUGACUACAAAUUCGAACGAGAGGUUGAUGAUGAAGAGAGAUUGCCGUGCUUAUGUGGAGCUGCAACCUGUAAAGGCUUUUUAAACUGA